AUGUCUAAUUCUAAAUAUGUGAACGAUGAAGACUUUGAUGAUGACAUCCCCACCCAGAAUGUUAUUCAACAAAGCUUGCAGCAUAUCCAUAAAAGCCAAGAAGCAGACUUGCUGAAGUUGAUGACGCACAGUUCAGCUUUUAAGGAAGCUGAUCAGCGAGGCUGGCUUCCUUUGCAUGAAGCUGCAGCACAAUUAAACAAGAACAUCCUAGAAAUAACUCUGAAGGCUUCAGACCCCAUUGUGUGGGAGCAGACCAGUCUGAAAGGGGAAACUCCUCUCUUUGUAGCAGUAGACAAAUGCUUCUUAGACAAUGUCCACUUUCUCCUGCUCAGUGGCUGCAAUCCUAAUGUUAAGAAUGAAGAAGGAGAUUCUUCUUUAGUUAUAGCAAUUAAACAUGAUUUAUAUGAAAUUGCCUCCCUGCUGAUAAGUUUUGGAGCAAAUGUAAACUUGCAGUGUGUCAAUAAGAGGACAGCUUUACAUGAAGCAGCCAGACUAGGCAGGAAAGAUAUCGUGAACCUUCUGCUUUGCUCUGGAGCAGAUCCUGAUCCCCGCAGUGCAUAUGGGCUCACUCCCCUAGCGCUGGCUGCACAGAUUGGGCAUACAGAAAUUAUGGAAAUUUUACUGCAAAAAGGUGCUGAUGUCCUUUCACAGGCAGCUGAUUGUGCUUCCAUAUUAUUUGAAGCUGUUGGAGGAGGAAAUCCAGAUUCACUCUCUCUUUUACUAGAAUAUGGAGCUGAUGCCAAUGUGCCAAAACACUCAGGUCACUUGCCUAUCCACAGAGCUGCAUACAGAGGACACUUUCUAGCUUUAAAGCAGCUAGCUUCAGUUACUGAUUAUGCUGCCAUUAAGGAGAGUGGGAUAAGUCCAGUUCACUCAGCAGCAGCAGGAGCACAUCCUCAGUGCCUUGAGUUUCUCCUCAAAUCUGGGUUUGAUGCCAAUUUCAUGUUGCAUGAGAGGGUUCGCAAAGGCUAUGAUGAUCAGAGGAAAUCAGCUUUAUAUUUUGCUGUCUCAAAUGGGGAUAUUUGCUCAACUCAGCUGCUUCUGGAUGCUGGAGCCCUGCCAAAUCAAGACCCCAUUAAGUGCCUCCAGCUAGCCUUGAGAAUGGGCAACUAUGAGCUAAUCAAUCUACUGCUUCAGCAUGGAGCCAAUGUAAAUUACUUCUGCAGAGUGAAUACGACGCAUUUCCCCUCAGCUCUGCAGUAUUCUCUAAAAGAUGAAAUCAUGUUAAGAAUGUUGCUGAAUUAUGGGUACGAUGUGUACCGCUGCUUUGAUUGUCAUCAUGGAGACAACAUCCGUUCCCCAUAUGCCUUUGAAGGAUGGACUCCUUCUGUUAUCAAAGACAACAUGUUCUGUGACGUGAUAACGCUGUCAUGGCUGAAGCACGUAGCUGGGAAAGUAGUGCGAGUGAUGCUAGAUUAUGUUGAUCAUGUUAGCAUCUGCUGUAAGCUGAAAGCAGUUCUCAAGGAACAGACACUAUGGCCAGAAAUCAAUUCCAUUUUGACAAAUCCACGUUCAUUGAAACAUCUUUGUCGUCUGAAGAUUCGGAAAUGCAUGGGUCAUUUGCGUCUGCGUUGUCCUGUCUUCAUGACCUUCCUUCCACUGCCCAAUCGUUUGAAAGAAUAUAUACUGUACAAAGAAUAUGAUCUUUAUGGACAAGGAAACUGGAUAGGAACCCACUAA